UCCAGGAGUAUCGCCUCGGCUGCUCCAGGACUUGUCAUCUGUGCCCGGCGGUGGUGGGCAGGUCUGACGUGAGACAGGGGAGCCAUCCCGGUGCGUCGGUUCUGCUGCUUUGGCUCCGGAGUGUUUUGGCCGGUGGCGCGGCGGGAGGUGUGGAGGCUCAUGGCGAGGUUUAAUGCAUUCAAAAGGACUAAUAUCAUACUGCAACAUCUGAGAAUGUCCAAGCACACGGAUAUAGAAGGAGACGUACUAUUGGAACGAAAAUGUUGUGCAGGAGUGAUAACACUUAACAGGCCAAAGUUCCUAAAUGCACUGCAUCUUAAUAUGAUUCGGCAGAUUUAUCCACAGCUAAAGAGGUGGGAACAAGAUCCUGAAACUUUCCUGAUCAUUAUAAAGGGAGCUGGAGGAAAGGCUUUCUGUACUGGGGGUGAUGUCAGAGCGAUCUCAGAAGCUAAAAUGGCAAAACAGAAGAUGCCUCAAGAUUUCUUCAGAGAAGAAUAUAUGCUGAACAGUGCCAUUGAUUCUUGCCAGAAACCUUAUGUGGCCCUUAUUCAUAGAAUUACAAUGGGUGGGGGAGUUGGUCUCUCAGUUCAUGGGCAAUUCCGAGUGGCUACAGAAAAGACUCUCUUUGCAAUGCCAGAAACAGCAAUAGGAUUAUUUCCUGAUGUGGGUGGAGGUUAUUUCUUGCCAAGACUUCAAGGAAAACUUGGUUACUUCCUUGCAUUAACAGGAUUCAGACUAAAAGGAAGAGAUGUGUACAGAGCAGGAAUUGCUACACACUUUGUAGAUUCUGAAGAGUUGAGCAUGUUAGAGGAAGAUUUGUUAGCCUUGAAAUCUCCUUCAAAAGAAAAUAUUGCAGAUGUCUUAGAAACUUACCAUACAGAGUCCAAGAUCGAUAAAGACAAGUCUUUUAUACUUGAAGAACACAUGGACAAAAUAAACAGUUGUUUUUCAGCCAAUACCAUGGAGCAGAUUAUUGAAAACUUACAGCAAGAUGGUUCAUCUUUUGCCCUAGAGCAGUUGAAGGUAAUUAAUAAGAUGUCUCCAACCUCUCUAAAGAUCACACUAAGGCAACUCAUGGAGGGGUCUUCAAAGACCUUGCAGGAAGUAUUAACUAUGGAGUAUCGGCUAAGUCAAGCUUGUAUGGGAGAUCAUGACUUUCAUGAAGGCAUUAGAGCUGUUUUAAUUGAUAAAGACCAGAGUCCAAAGUGGAAACCAGCUGAUCUAAAAGAAGUUACUGAUGAAGAUGUGAAUAAUCACUUUAAGUCUCUAGGAAGCAGUGAUUUGAAAUUUUGAGGUGACUGGUCUUUUCCAGGUAUAUUUUGGAGCAGUGGUUGGCAAACUACAGCAUAUGGUCCAAAUCCAGCUUGCUGCCUGUUUUUAUACAGCUUGCAAGCUAAGAAUGGUUUAUGUAUUUUAAAAUGGUUGGGAAAAGAAUCAGAAACUAAUAUUUCAUGAUUUAUGAAAAUUAUAUGAAAUUCAAAUAUCAGUGUUCACCAAUAAAGCUUUAUUGGAACAUAGC